UUGCCGGUAUAUGAGUGGCUAUAAUACUUCAGUUGAUUGUGAUCAAGCAUCUUGAGAAGACCAUUCCCCAACAAUGUAUCCGCUGAAGGACAUUUUCACAUUCUACAAUGCAACCACUAAGGUUUGGAGUGGACGCCCCACGCCGUCAGUUUUCAAUCCGAACCAAAGUCUUGGAGAGCUGAUUUUUGCAGUCCUCAAACGGAACGGGAAAAAAGUUGUGCAAAUAAGCGCCGAUAGUGGUGCCCAAGUGACUGGCGCUGAGAUGGUGCUCAGGACAAUCAGAUUGGCGCAAAAUUUACAGAAGCGAGGACUCUGCUGUGAUGGGGACAACAUGUUCGCCAUGGCUGUUCGGAACGGAGAACACGCGGCACCGGUCCUGUUUUCAUGUUUUGCACUCGGUAUUCCAGUGCUUGCAUUGGACCCAACGUUUCUACGGGAUGACUUGAGUUAUAUGCUUGAAAUUGUGCGGCCGAAGGUGGUGUUCUGUGACAGUGAGACACUAGCUGAAAUGUUAGUUGCUUGCGAGAUGGUAUCACUAACGCCCAAAAUAAUCGUUCUGGGUGAUAAGGUCGAGGGAUUCGAACAUGUCGACGAUUUAUUGCUACCCACGGGCAAUGAAGAAGUGUUUAUUCCUGUCCACCUCGAAGAUCCACCCAAGAAACUGGCGAUACUUAUCUGCACCUCCGGAACGACGGGUCGCUCCAAGGCAGUCUGCUUGUCGCACACGAUUUGUAUCGUUCAGGUGGCCAAUUUCGCCGAGCUUCACUCCAGCGACAAACUGUUCGCCUUCAGUUCUCUGUACUGGCUUUCUGGACUGACGAUGGUGCUGGGUGGGACAAUUUGGGGUACGACGCGUGUUAUCACUCGACAAAUGCCCAGCCCGGAGCUAGCAAUGGAGAUCAUUGAACGCUUCCAGGUGUCUGUCGCUUUUUUUCCUCCUGUGCACGCCUUUGCUAUCGUAAAAAACCCGUUGGCAUUGGAGACCGUGUUUUCCAGCAUCCGAAUGAUUCACUGUGGAGGCGCUUUGGUGCCAGCACAGCUGAAGGAAUCAUUUGAGAAGUUGAUGCCGGGUAGAUAUAUGGAGGUGGUGUAUGGAUUGUCGGAGAUUGCAACCCUGGUGAGCUUCUCCAAUGGUAAGCAUUACCGACCGGGCUCUGUAGGAUUCCUAAAGGAAGGAAUAGAGAUCAAGAUUGUAGACGACGAGGGGAACCCGCUUGAAAAUGGUCAACAAGGAGAGAUCUGUACAAAAGCGAAAUACAUGUUCCUGGGGUAUUAUAAAAAUGAGGCAGCCACCAAAGCAACAUUGGACGAAGAGGGAUGGCUCCACACCGGGGACAUAGGUUGGUGUGAUGAUGAUGGAAUGCUGUAUGUGGUCGACAGGAAGAAGGAUGUCCUCACGUAUGAUAAUUAUCAGAUAUCACCAAGCGAGAUAGAGAGUGUCGUGCUGAAAGUGCCCGGAGUGGCGACGGCUUGUGUGGUUGGAAUUCCGGAGCAAGGAGACGAUUUAGUAACAGCUGUGGUUAUCCGGUCCAGUGGAGAACACGAAUUGCCCACGGCGGAGUCUAUCAUUAGAACUGUCGAAGAAAAAAUGCCCUACUAUAAACAUAUACGAGGUGGAGUUUACUUCGUCGAAAACCUUCCCAUGACUCCGUCUGGAAAGAUAUCAAGACGUGAGGCUAAGAAAAUGGUGCUGAAAAUUAUGUGUAAAUAAGUAUUUGUACGUUGGAAAUGUUUAACUCUCAUAAUCAUUGUAACAAUCCGCCAAAGAAAAUUCGGAUAAAAUAAACACCACGAACUGAUUUGUCUUUUUUGUUUGUUUUUAUCUGA